CUGUGCAGGGCCCUCCCGCGGUGAGUACCCCCGCCUAGGCCACCCUCCUGUGGUGCCUGGGCCACGACCUAAGCCUAACCCGGUCCUCCUCGCCCUCCAACGCCCGGCCUUCCCGCCUCAGCCGGCCGCCGCGUCCCUACAGGGGCUAGCGCGCUUGGACAAAGAGCCAUGGAGGCUGUGGAACUCGCCAGAAAGCUGCAGGAGGAAGCUACGUGCUCCAUCUGUCUGGACUACUUCACAGACCCUGUGAUGACCGCCUGUGGCCACAACUUCUGCCGCGCGUGCAUCCAGCUGAGCUGGGAGAAGGCGCGGGGCAAGAAGGGGAGGCGGAAGCGAAAGGGCUCCUUCCCCUGCCCCGAGUGCAGAGCAAUGUCCCCGCAGAGGAACCUGCUGCCCAACCGGCUGCUGACCAAGGUGGCCGAGAUGGCACGGCAGCAUCCUGGCCUGCAGAAGCAAGACCUGUGCCAGGAGCACCAGGAGCCCCUCAAGCUUUUCUGCCAGGAGGACCAGAGCCCCAUCUGUGUGGUGUGCAGGGAGUCCCGGGAGCACCGACUGCACAGGGUGCUGCCCGCCGAGGAGGCAGUGCAGGGGUACAAGGCAAAGCUGGAGAAGUCACUGGAGCAUCUCCGGAAGCAGAUGCAGGAUGCGUUGCUCUUCCAAGCCCAGGCGGAUGAGACCUGCGUCUUGUGGCAGAAGAUGGUGGAGAGCCAGCGGCAGAACGUGCUGGGUGAGUUCGAACGUCUUCGCCGUUUGCUGGCAGAGGAGGAGCAGCAGCUGCUGCAGAGGCUGGAGGAGGAGGAGCUGGAGGUGCUGCCCCGGCUGCGGGAGGGUGCAGCCCGCCUAGGCCAGCAGACCGCCCACCUAGCUGAGCUCAUCGCCGAGCUCGAGGGCCGCUGCCAGCUGCCUGCGCUGGGGCUGCUUCAGGACAUCAAGGACGCCCUGCGCAGGGUCCAGGAUGUGAAGCUGCAGCCCCCAGAAGUUGUGCCCAUGGAGCUGAGGACCGUGUGCAGGGUCCCGGGGCUGGUGGAGACACUGCGGAGGUUUCGAGGGGAUGUGACCUUGGACCCGGAUACUGCCAACCCUGAGCUGAUCCUGUCUGAAGACAGGCGGAGCGUGCAGCGGGGGGACCUGCGGCAGGCCCUGCCGGACAGCCCGGAGCGCUUUGACCCCGGCCCCUGCGUGCUGGGCCAGGAGCGUUUCACCUCAGGCCGCCACUACUGGGAGGUGGAGGUUGGGGACCGCACCAGCUGGGCCCUGGGGGUAUGCAGGGAGAAUGUGAACAGGAAGGAGAAGGGCGAACUGUCCGCGGGCAACGGCUUCUGGAUCCUGGUCUUCCUGGGGAGCUAUUACAAUUCCUCUGAACGGGCCUUGGCUCCACUCCGGGACCCACCCAGGCGUGUGGGGAUCUUUCUGGACUACGAGGCCAGACAUCUCUCGUUCUACAGCGCCACCGAUGGGUCGCUGCUAUUCAUCUUCCCUGAGAUCCCCUUCUCCGGGACGCUGCGGCCCCUCUUCUCGCCCCUGUCCAGCAGCCCAACCCCGAUGACUAUCUGCCGGCCGAAAGGUGGGUCCGGGGACACCCUGGCUCCCCAGUGACUCGGGCCUUCCUGGAGGAGUCCUGUUGCCUCUCCUGCCCCUCCAGGCCACUGAGUGUUUUGUCCACUUGGAGGACCUGGGAGGAGGGAGUGUGUCCUUUGAGCAAGAGGAGGAACUCCUAGUGCCUUUCUGAGCCUGCGUGGGAGAAGCCCAAUUCUAGCACUCCAGGAAACUGCGGGAGGGUAUGGGGCAGGCUCUGUCCUCCUUGGGAGACCCCUCCAGCCACCGGGUGCUGCUUAAUGCCAACAGCCCUUACCAAAGCUGGGAGCCCCAUCGCCCCAGCAGCUCUGACCUGUGGUUCCAGAAGCCAAGAAAGCUCCACUGGGGCUUGCAGAAUCCAGGGUCCGCCUAAGCUGCACAAUUCCUGCAGCUUUGCCAGCCCCCCAAAACUACUGUGCACCCCACCUCUGAAGAUGCUGGGGGAGGCAGCCAGGAUGGGAGCCAGCCCCAUGCCUGUCUGUGACCCCACAGUGGGUGAGAGCCCGUCACAGUCCAGGGUGUGGCCGCUCUGGAAGAAUUAGGAGGCAGACGUCAUAAGAGUCUUCAGAUGAUGGGAGGGGCCAGUGAGGACAGGAACCGAGAGUAGAUGUCCCAGAAUAAAGAGGCUUCUGGGAGGUGCCCGGGUACAGAUGUCUGUUCAGCAGGUGUGUGGGCCUAGAGGAGACAGCACAGCCCAGAAAUGUCUUCUGCAGGCCCACGUUGUGACUUGAAGCUUUCAUGGGCAUGUCGCCAUUGGGUUUUGCCCUUGCAAAGACUUCCUAGGUCUCCAAUGGCCCCUCUGGACCCAGGGUCCCAGCUGCUGCUUGGGGAUGUGCACUGCUGGCCACCAGCCUUGCAGUCUCCCUACCCUGGGGAGGAGCAGUGGCUGCCCAGAGCCCAGGGCAUAUAGCAGAAGACACGAGUUGAUUUUUGUGUUGGGUUUGGGGUUUCUUUGUCCUCAAGGUACUGUUCUGCUUCUCUUUACCCCUCUGCUUUAUUUAUUGUAAGCAUUCCCACGUUAAAUAAACUUUGGCUGUUGUCUACAAGU